AUGGAAGUAAAACAGAUCGCAAUCAUCGGUGCUGGUGUCAGUGGACUGGGAGCCAUUAAGUGCUGCUUGGAGGAAGGGCUUGAACCUACGUGCUUUGAAAAGAGCAAUGACAUUGGAGGGCUGUGGAGAUAUGAGGAGACAACAGAAAGGCCCGGGAUAUACAAAUCUUUAACCUGCAAUACAUCCAAGGAGAUGACAGCCUUCAGCGACUAUCCCAUCCCUGACCAUUACCCCAACUACAUGCACAACUCCAAAAUGAUGGAGUAUCUCAGGAUGUAUGCCAGGCACUUCGGGCUCAUGAAACACAUCCAGUUCCAGACAAGAGUGUGCAGGGUGAGGAAGCGCCCUGAUUUUUCAUCCUCUGGCCAGUGGGACGUUGUGGUGGAGGUUGACGGAAAGCAGAAAACGUAUGUCUUCGAUGGGGUCAUGGUCUGUAGUGGUCACUCCACUGAGAAGUGUCUGCCCUUGCAGGACUUUGCAGGAAUCUCCAAGUUCCAAGGCAAGUAUCUGCACAGCUGGGAGUACAGGCACCCAGACAGUUUUGUGGGGAAGAGAGUGGUCGUGAUUGGCAUUGGGAAUUCUGGAGCGGACGUGGCAGGCGAGAUCAGCCAUGUUGCUGAACAGGUUUUCCUCAGCACAAGACGAGGGGCGUGGAUAUGGAACCGAGUUUGGGAUAAUGGGAAUCCCUUGGACACCACACUCUUCACCCGUUAUAAUAGAACCAUCCAAAAGUUCUAUCCCACGUUCUUGAUCAACAGAUGGGCAGAGAAUAAAUUAAAUGCAAGGUUUAACCAUGCCAAUUAUGGGCUGCAGGCUAAACACAGAUUUCUCAGCCAUCAGUCUAUCUUCAGCGACAACCUGCCAAAUCACAUCAUUACCGGAAGAGUGCUGGUAAAACCGAACGUGAAGGAGUUCACCCCGACGUCCGCCAUCUUUGAGGAUGGCUCAGAGGAGAUAGUAGACAAUGUUGUCUUUGCCACAGGCUACACCUUCUCUUUCCCUUUCUUGGAUGACAGCUCCAAAAUCCUGGACAGCGAACACACAAUGUUUAAGUUUGUCUUCCCUCCUCAGUUGGAGAUGCCAACGCUAGCCUUCAUUGGGAUCCUCCAGCCAGUCGGAGCCACAAUCCCCACAUCCGAGCUCCAAAGCCGAUGGGUUACACGUGUGUUCACAGGACUGCAAAAGUUACCCUCACAGAGCAACAUGAUGGCGGACAUCAACAAAAGGAAACGGAAGAUGGAAAAAGAGUUCGUGAAAAGUCCCAGAGGCAUCCAUCGAGUGCAGUAUAUCGACUACAUGGAUGAAAUUGCUUCUGAGUUAGGUGUCAAACCCAACCUGCUCUCUCUCUUCCUCUGGGAUACAAAGCUAGCCAAGGAGAUUUUCUGGGGACCCUGUACCCCAUACCAGUACCGUCUACAAGGGCCAGGGAAAUGGGCAGGGGCUCGGGUAGCCAUCCUCACUCAGAGAGACCGGAUCCUCAAACCCCUGAAAACCCGGGUGCUCAAAAACUGUGAGACAUCGUCCUCUAGUCUAUUUUGGGUCAGAUAUAUCUGUGCUGUCAUUGUUCUCUUUGUUCCUGUGUUACUUAUCCUGCUUGUCAUAUAUCAGUGA